CUUCGCCGGCGCCCGCUGCCAGACGCCCGUCUGCGCCGACGACUGCAACGACCAGGGCCGCUGCCAGGGCGGGCGCUGCCUCUGCUUCCCCGGCUACUCGGGGCCGGCCUGCGAGACGCCUGACUGCCCCGGGGACUGCCACGGGCGCGGGCGCUGCCAGGACGGGCGCUGCCUCUGCAGACCCGGCUACGCCGGCCCGGACUGCGGCACCCGGGCCUGCCCCGCCGAUUGCAGUGGGCGCGGGCGCUGCCUGAAGAACGGGGUGUGCGCCUGCCACCGCGGCUACGCCGGGCCCGACUGCAGCCAGCCCGCCUGCCCCGGGGAUUGCGGGGGGCACGGGGAGUGCCGGCACGGGGAGUGCCACUGCCAGGACGGCUACGCCGGCGAGGACUGCACCAUAGAGAUCCCGGCCGUGACGCUGCGCGUGGGGCGCCGGGACGAGGGCUCCUUCCGCCUGCAGUGGACUCGCCCCAAGAUCCACGUGGAUGGAUAUGAAAUUCACCUUGUUCCCAUGGGUGACCCCGAGGGCGCCGUGUCCCUGCAGCUGCCCGGCUCGGCCACAUCCUUCGAGCGCUCGGGGCUGGGCCCAGGCCAGGAAUUCAGCGUCACCGUCCGGGCCCAGCGGGACCAGCGCCUCGGGCCCCCCACCACCCAGAGCGUCCGCACCCGGAUCGACGCGCCCCGGGAUCUGCGCCCCACGGGGGCCACGGACACCUCGCUGAGCCUGCGCUGGGAGCCUCCGGCUGCCCAGCCCGACGGAUACACCCUGCGCUACGGCCCAGUGGGGCAGGACAGCACCGAGCCCCCCGCCCGCCUGACCCUGCCCCCCGACCGCACCACCUUCACCCUGACUGGCCUCCGCAGCACCACCCAGUACACCCUCACCCUGACCGCCCACCGCGGCCCCGAGCAGAGCCCUCCCGCCAGCACCAGCGCCACCACCGCGCCGAUGCCCACCCUGCCCCCGCCUGGCCGGCUGCACCCAGAGCCCACGCGCCUCUCAGUGCCCCGUCUCCGGCCGCCUGGCCCCGCGGGGAAGCCAGGCUCCCGGCCCACCCCGGCCAACGCCUCCUCGCUCCCCAGCCAGCUCUUCUUCCGGACCAUGGCGCAGAACCUGACGGCCAAGCUGUCCCGGUACAACGGGACCCUGCUGCAGCGCCUGGAAAGUUACCUCCGUGCCACACGCUACCCGCUCCGCGGCAACCAAACCAUCGCCACCGUGGCCAAGACCAUCUACCUCUAUCUGGUGCAGAGGAAGUCCCGGGAGGAACAGGAGAUGGUCUACGUGGGGCUGGGCCAGCAUUCGAAGGAGCUCGGGGCCAUGGCACCCACCAAGGGGCCCGCCGGCCGCUUCCAGAUAGCCGGGAAGGAGGGCGGUGUCUUCUCAGAGGGCUCCCCCGACUUGGACACGGGGCCCAGGGGCCACGCCAAGCCAGCAGUGGUGGCCCGCUCCCCCGGCGCCAUUGUGGUCUCCCUGGAGGGCAUGCAUGGCCACGCGGAGCGCGUGGUGGUCCGCUACUGGCGGGCGGGCGACAGCGGAGGAGCGCGGGAGCUGGUGGUUCCCGGCGACGCCACGGCAGUUCGGCUCCACGGCCUGGCGCCCGGCACCACCUACCAGGUGGAGAUCCACCACCUGGUCCAGGGUCGGCUGUCCAGGUCCUAUUCCUUUGUCACCUCCACAGCUCCAGAGGCAUCUGGCACCGAGCAGCCCCCAGAGCCCCCCACGCCCAGCUUCUCCCACCCUGGGCCACCCCCAGGGGACCUGGUCGUGACAGACGUCGCCCCCGACCGGUUCCGCGUCACCUGGACGGCGACGACUGGCACCUUCCAGCACUUCCUGCUGCGGUACCGGGAGCCCGGCUCCCGGGUGCCCCCCGGGCAGACCCAGGUGCCUGGGGGGAAGAGGAGUGUGAUCGUCACCCAGCUGAGCCCCGGCACCGAAUACGAGGUGGAGCUGCGGGGGGUGGCACCUGACGGGACCAUCUCAGAGCCCAUCACCACCAGCGUGUCGACAGCACCCCUUGGCGGGGGCCCCGGGCCAAGCGAGCUGGGGGCCCUGGGAGUCAGGAACGUGACCAGCGAUGGGUUUGGGCUGCAGUGGAGGGCGCGGAAGGGCCUGUUCCAGUCCUUCCUGCUGCGCUACGAAGAUGCGGCCGGGCGCAUGGGGCCCCGGGAGGCUGAGGUGCCGGCGGACCAGCGGGCGACCCGCGUUGGGGGGCUGCGGCCUGGCACCGAGUACAAUGUCACGCUGUACGGGGUGCACCGCGGCCAGCUCUCACCCCCACUCAGAGCCAGAGUCCGGACAGCGCCAGCAGAACCCGGCGCCCAGCCCAGCCUGGGGGAGCUCUCGGCCUCAGAGGUCACCCACAACUCCACCCUGCUCUCCUGGACCGUCCAGGCCGGGGACUUCGAUUCCUUCCUCCUCCACUACAAGGACGCGGAGGGCAAACUCCAGGCACUGCCCGUGGAUGGAGGAUCCCGCACAGUCACCGUUACCAAUCUGGCCCCCUCCCAAAGAUACAAGUUCAACCUCUACGGCGUCUCCGGCCGCAAGCGCCUCGGCCCCGUCUCCACCGACGCCGUCACAGCCAAGGAGCCGCGGGUGCAGGAACUCACCUUCCAGCCCAGCCUGGGGGAGCUCUCGGCCUCUGACAUCACCCACAACUCCACUCUGCUCUCCUGGACCGUCCAGACCGGGGACUUUGACUCCUUCCUCCUCCAGUACAAGGACGCGGAGGGCAAACUCCAGGCUCUGCCCAUGGACGGGGGAUCCCGCACGGUCACUGUAACCAACCUGGCACCUUCCCGCAGAUACAAGUUCAACCUCUACGGCAUCUCCGGCCGCAAACGCCUCGGCCCCGUCUCCACCGACAUCGUCACAGCCAAGGAGCCGCGGGUGCAGGAACUCACCUUCCAGCCCAGCCUGGGGGAGCUCUCGGCCUCUGAUGUCACCCACAACUCCACUUUGCUCUCCUGGACCGUCCAGACCGGGGACUUUGACUCCUUCCUCCUCCAGUACAAGGACGUGGAGGGCAAACUCCAGGCGCUGCCCAUGGACGGGGGAUCCCGCACGGUCACUGUAACCAACCUGGCUCCCUCCCACAGAUACAAGUUCAACCUCUACGGCAUCUCCGGCCGCAAGCGCCUCGGCCCCGUCUCCACCGACGCUGUCACAGCUGUGGUGGGGCCGGAGGAGGAACCCACUCCCCAGCCCAGUCUGGGGGAGCUCUCAGCCUCUAACAUCACCCAUGACUCCAUCCUGCUCUCCUGGACCGUCCAGGCCGGGGACUUCGACUCCUUCCUCCUCCAGUACAAGGACGCGGAGGGCAAACCCCAGGCGCAGCCCGUGGACGGCAGAUCCCGCACAGUCACCGUAACCAACCUGGCGCCCUCCCACAGAUACAACUUCAAAUUCUACGGUGUCUCCGGCCACAAGCGCCUUGGACCUAUCUCCACUGAUGCUGUCACGGCUGCGGUGCCGACGGAGGAGGUACCCACCGCCCAGCCCAGCCUGGGGGAGCUCUCGGCCUCCGACAUCACCCACGACUCCAUCCUGCUCUCCUGGACUGUGGAGGAGGGGACCUUUGACUCCUUCCUCCUCCAGUACAAGGACGCGAAGGGCAAACCCCAGGCGCUGCCCGUGGGCAGGGGAUCCCGCACAGUCAACAUAACCAACCUGGCACCUUCCCGCAGAUACAAGUUCAACCUCUAUGGCAUCUCCGGCCGCAAGCGCCUCGGCCCCGUCUCCACCGACGCUGUCACAGCUGCGGCGCCGACGGAGGAGGUACCCACCGCCCAGCCCAGCCUGGGGGAGCUCUCGGCCUCCGACAUCACCCACGACUCCAUCCUGCUCUCCUGGACUGUGGAGGAGGGGACCUUUGACUCCUUCCUCCUCCAGUACAAGGACGCGAAGGGCAAACCCCAGGCGCUGCCCAUGGGCGGGGGAUCCCGCACAGUCAACAUAACCAACCUGGCACCUUCCCGCAGAUACAAGUUCAACCUCUAUGGCAUCUCCGGCCGCAAGCGCCUCGGCCCCGUCUCCACCGACGCCGUCACAGCGCGGCAGAAGGAGGAACCUGCCCCCCAGCCCAGCCUGGGGGAGCUCUCGGCCUCUGACGUCACCCACAACUCCACCCUGCUCUCCUGGACCGUCCAGGCCGGGGACUUCGACUCCUUCCUCCUCCAGUUCAAGGACGCGGAGGGCAAACCCCAGGCACUGCCCGUGGACGGGGGAUCCCGCACAGUCACUGUAACCAACCUGGCCCCGUCCCGCAGAUACAAGUUCAACCUCUACGGCGUCUCCGGCCGCAAGCGCCUCGGCCCUGUCUCCACUGACGCCGUCACAGUGGCACUGUCGGAGGAGGCAGUUGGGAUGCCGCUCCGUCUAGGUGAGCUCUCGGCGGCCAACGCAGCCCACGACUCCAUCGACCUCUCCUGGACUGUGGAGGGGGGGACAUUCGACUCCUUCAUCCUCCAGUACCGGGACGCAGAGGGCAACUCCCGGGCGCUGCCUGUGGAUGGUGCCCUGCGCUCGCUCCACCUCCAUGACCUGGCUCCGUCCCACAGAUACAAGUUCAACCUCUACGGCGUCUCCGGCCGCAAGCGCCUCGGCCCCGUCUCCACCGACGCCACCACAGCUGCGGCGCCGACGGAGGAGGUACCCACCGCCCAGCCCAGCCUGGGGGAGCUCUCGGCUUCCGACAUCACCCACGACUCCAUCCUGCUCUCCUGGACUGUCCAGGCCGGGAACUUGGACUCCUUCCUCCUGCAGUACAAGGACGCGGAGGGCAAACCCCAGGCGCUGCCUGUGGAUGGGGGAUCCCGCACGGUCACAGUCACCAACCUGGCCCCGUCCCGCAGAUACAAGUUCAACCUCUACGGCGUCUCUGGCCGCAAGCGCCUCGGCCCCGUCUCCACCGACGCCGUCACAGCGCGGCGGAAGGCGGAACCCGCCCCUGAGUCCAGUCUGGGGGAGCUCUCGGCCUCUGACGUCACUCACGACUCCAUCCUGCUCUCCUGGACCGUCCAGGCCGGGGACUUCGACUCCUUCCUCCUCCAGUACAAGGACGCGGAGGGCAAACCCCAGGCACAGCCCGUGGACGGGGGAUCCCGCACAGUCACUGUAACCAACCUGGCCCCGUCCCGCAGAUACAAGUUCAACCUCUACGGCAUCUCCGGCCGCAAGCGCCUCGGCCCUGUCUCCACUGACGCCACCACAGUCGCAGUGCCGCAGGAGGAACCCACCCCCCAGCCCAGCCUUGGGGAGCUCUCAGCCUCCAACGUCACCCACGACUCCACCCUGCUCUCCUGGACCGUGGAAGGGACCUUCGACUCCUUCCUCCUCCAAUACAAGGACGCGGAGGGCAAACCCCAGGAGCUGCCCGUGGACGGGGGAUCCCGCACGGUCAACAUAACCAACCUGGCCCCCUCCCACAGAUACAAGUUCAACCUCUACGGCGUCUCCGGCCGCAAGCGCCUCGGCCCCGUCUCCACCGACACCAUCACAGCUGCAGCACCACAGAAGGAGGUACCCACUGCCCAGCCCAGCCUGGGGGAGCUCUCGGCCUCAGACGUCACCCACAACUCCACCCUGCUCUCCUGGACCGCAGAGGGGACCUUUGACUCCUUCCUCCUGCAGUACCGGGACGCGGAGAGCAAGCCCCAGUCGCUGCCCGUGGAUGGGGGAUCCCGCACGUUCAUCGUAACCAACCUGGCCCCCUCCCACAGAUACAAGUUCAACCUCUACGGCGUCUCCGGCCGCAAGCGCCUCGGCCCCGUCUCCACCGACGCCGUCACAGCCACGGUACCGCGGGACAAGGGAGCCGGGACGCAGCUACGUCUGGGGAAGCUUUCAGCCUCCGGUGUGACCCACAACUCCACCCUCCUCUCCUGGACCGUGGAGGAGGGGACCUUUGACUCCUUCUUCCUCCAGUACAAGGACGCGGAGGGCAAACCUCAGGCGCUGCCUGUGGACGGGGGAUCCCGCACAGUCACAGUAACCAACCUGGCCCCGUCCCGCAGAUACAAGUUCAACCUCUACGGCAUCUCCGGCCGCAAGCGCCUCGGCCCCGUCUCCACCGACGCCACCACAGCACGGCAGAAGGAGGAACCUGCCCCUGAGUCCAGUCUGGGGGAGCUCUCGGCCUCUGACGUCACUCACGACUCCAUCCUGCUCUCCUGGACCGUCCAGGCCGGGGACUUCGACUCCUUCCUCCUCCAGUACAAGGACGCGGAGGGCAAACCCCAGGCACAGCCCGUGGACGGGGGAUCCCGCACAGUCACUGUAACCAAUCUGGCCCCGUCCCACAGAUACAAGUUCAACCUCUACGGCAUCUCCGGCCGCAAGCGCCUCGGCCCCGUCUCCAUCGACGCCACCACAGUCGCAGUGCCGCAGGAGGAACCCACCCCCCAGCCCAGCCUGGGGGAGCUCUCAGCCUCCAACGUCACCCACGACUCCACCCUGCUCUCCUGGACCGUGGAAGGGACCUUCGACUCCUUCCUCCUCCAAUACAAGGACGCGCAGGGCAAACCCCAGGAGCUGCCCGUGGACGGGGGAUCCCGCACGGUCAACGUAACCAACCUGGCCCCCUACCACAGAUACAAGUUCAACCUCUACGGUGUCUCCGGCCGCAAGCGCCUUGGCCCCAUCUCCACCGACACCAUCACAGCUCCAGCACCACGGAAGGAGGUACCCACUGCCCAUCCCAGCCUGGGGGAGCUCUCGGCCUCAGACGUCACCCACAACUCCACCCUGCUCUCCUGGACCGCAGAGGGGACCUUCGACUCCUUCCUCCUGCAGUACCGGGACGCGGAGAGCAAGCCCCAGUCGCUGCCCGUGGACGGGGGAUCCCGCACGUUCAUCGUAACCAACCUGGCCCCCUCCCACAGAUACAAGUUCAACCUCUACGGCAUCUCCGGCCGCAAGCGCCUCGGCCCCGUCUCCACCGACGCCACCACAGUCGCAGUGCCGCAGGAGGAACCCACCACCCAGCCCAGCCUGGGGGAGCUCUCAGCCUCCAACGUCACCCACGACUCCACCCUGCUCUCCUGGACCGUGGAAGGGACCUUCGACUCCUUCCUCCUCCAAUACAAGGACGCGCAGGGCAAACCCCAGGAGCUGCCCGUGGACGGGGGAUCCCGCACGGUCAACGUAACCAACCUGGCCCCCUCCCACAGAUACAAGUUCAACCUCUACGGUGUCUCCGGCCGCAAGCGCCUCAGCCCCAUCUCCACCAACACCAUCACAGCUCCAGCACCACGGAAGGAGGUACCCACUGCCCAGCCCAGCCUGGGGGAGCUCUCGGCCUCAGACGUCACCCACAACUCCACCCUGCUCUCCUGGACCGUCCAGACCGGGGACUUUGACUCCUUCCUCCUCCAAUACAAGGACGCGGAGGGCAAACCCCAGGAGCUGCCCGUGGACGGGGGAUCCCGCACGGUCAACAUAACCAACCUGGCCCCCUCCCACAGAUACAAGUUCAACCUCUACGGCGUCUCCGGCCGCAAGCGCCUCGGCCCCGUCUCCACCGACGCCGUCACAGCCACGGUACCGCGGGACAAGGGAGCCGGGACGCAGCUACGUCUGGGGAAGCUUUCAGCCUUCGGUGUGACCCACAACUCCACCCUCCUCUCCUGGACCGUGGAGGAGGGGACCUUCGACUCUUUCAUCCUCCAGUACAAGGACGCGGAGGGCAAACCCCAGGCGCUGCCCAUGGAUGGAGGAUCCCGCACAGUCACAGUAACCAACCUGGCCCCGUCCCGCAGAUACAAGUUCAACCUCUACGGCAUCUCCGGCCGCAAGCGCCUCGGCCCCGUCUCCACCGACGCCACCACAGCCGCAGCGCUGCAGAAGGAGGAACCCGCCACCCAUCCCAGCCUGGGGGAGCUCUCGGCCUCUGACAUCACCCACGACUCCACCCAGCUCUCCUGGACCGUGGAGGAGGGGACCUUCGACUCCUUCCUUCUCCAGUACAAGGACGCAGAGGGCAAACCCCAGGCGCUGCCCAUGGGCGGGGGAUCCCGCACAGUCACCGUAACCAACCUGGCCCCGUCCCGCAGAUACAAGUUCAACCUCUACGGCAUCUCCGGCCGCAAGCGCCUCGGCCCCGUCUCCACCGACGCCGUCACAGCGCCGAGGGAUGAGGGACCCAGGAUACAGCUCCGCCUGGGGCCGCUCUCGGCCUCCGACAGCACCCACGACUCCCUCGACCUGUCCUGGUCCGUGGAGGAGGGGACCUUCGACUCCUUCAUCCUCCAGUACCGGGAUGCGGACGGCAACCCCCAGGUGCUGCCCGUGGACGGGGGAUCCCGCACCUUCACCGUCACCAACCUGGCCCCGUCCCGCAGAUACAAGUUCAACCUCUACGGCAUCUCCGGCCGCAAGCGCCUUGGCCCCGUCUCCACCGACGCCGUCACAGGCCGGCCGGAGGAGGAAGACGAGGAGGAGGAGGAGGAGGAGGAAGGUGCCACGCAGCCCAAGCUGGGGGAGCUCUCAACCUCCGAGGUCACCAAAGACUCCGUGCGCCUCUCCUGGACCAUCCAGGACGGGGCCUUCGACUCCUUCCUCCUCCAGUACCGGGACGCGGAUGGCAAACCCCAGGCGCUGCCCGUGGAUGGGGGAUCCCGCACGCUCGUCGUCUCCGACCUGCUGCCCUCCCGCAAGUACCAGUUCAACCUCUACGGCAUCUCCGGCCACAAGCACCUCGGCCCCGUCUCCACCGACGUCGUCACAGCCUUCCCGGAAGCCUCCAGCGUGACGCCCGCCCGGCUGGACCAGCUGCUCGUCUCCGAGGUGACACCCACCUCCCUGCGGCUGCGCUGGGACGCGCCCGAGGGCGACUUCGACACCUUCCUCAUCCGGUACCGGGCCGCGGGCCGGGGGCCCGGGCUGGGGCCGGCGCCCACCCAGGAGGUGCCAGUGCCGGGGGCCCAGCGUUCGUCCGUGCUGCGGGGGCUGCGGCCCGGCACCGAAUACGGCCUGGUGGUGUACGGCCUGCGGCGGGGCGAGGAGACGGCCAACGUCCACGGGGCCGCGCGGACCAGCAGCCUCGAGCUGGAGAGCCCCCGGGACCUGCGCUUCAGCGACGUCCGUGAGACCUCGGUGGGGGUGACCUGGGGGGCCCCGUCCACCCGCGUCGACCGCUACAAGGUGUCCUUCCAGCUGCGUCACGGGGGGGAGCCGCAGAGCACCAUGGUUGAGGGCACCCGGCUGCAGACGACGCUCGAGGGGCUGAUCCCCGGGGCCAGCUACGAGGUGAGCGUCAUGGCCGUGCGGGGCUUCGAGGAGAGCGAGCCGCUGGUGGGCUACGUCACCACGGUCCCCGACGGCCCCUCGGACCUGCGCGCCGUCAACGUCGCCGACACCUCGGCCCUGCUGCGCUGGCGCCCGCCCCGGGCCCCCGUCCAGAGCUACGAGCUGAGCUACGGGCCCCCCCAGGGUCCCGCUGUGACGCUGCGGCUCCCCGGGGACCGGGCCGAACACCCCCUGUCCGGGCUGCGGCUCGACACCGAGUAUCUGGUCAGCGUCCACGGGGUGACGGGGGGCAACCGCAGCUCCCCCGUCAGCGCCACCUUCACCACCGGGCUGGACGCCCCCCGGGACCUGCAAGCCACCGAGGUGACCCCCCGCAGCGCCCGGCUCUCCUGGACUCCCCCCCGCGUCCCCCCCGCCGGCUACCUGCUGAGCUACGAGACGCCUGCCGGCCAAACGCAGGAGAUCCCCCUGGGCUCGGACGCCGCCUCCCACCAGCUGAGUAACCUGACUCCGUCCAGCCGCUACCAGGUCCGGGUGCAGGCGAUCCGGGGGGGCCGCCCCAGCACCCCCAUCGCCACCUCCUUCAACACCGUCUGGCUGACCUACCCCUUCCCCCGGGACUGCGCCGAGGAGCAGCUGAACGGGCCGGGCCCCUCCCGCGAGGUGACCAUCUACCUGGGGGGCGACAGGCAGCGCCCCCUGCAGGUGUACUGCGACAUGGAGACCGACGGGGGCGGCUGGCUGGUCUUCCAGCGUCGCAUGAAUGGCAAGACGGAUUUCUGGCGCGACUGGCAAGACUACGCCCAGGGCUUCGGGAACCGGUCCCAGGAGUUCUGGCUGGGUAACGACGCCCUGCACCAGCUGACGGCGGCGGGGGAGCAGGAGCUGCGGGUGGAUCUCCGGGCCGGCGCGGAGGCCGUGUUCGCCCAGUACCAGCGGUUCCGGGUGGACCCCCCCAGCGAGUAUUACCGCCUGCACCUGGGCAGCUACCGCGGCACGGCCGGCGACGCGCUGAGCUACCACUCGGGCAGCGUCUUCUCGACGCGGGACCGGGACCCGAACCGGCUGCUGAUCCCUUGCGCGGUGUCCUACCGCGGGGCCUGGUGGUACCACAACUGCCACUACGCCAACCUCAACGGGCUGUACGGCAGCCGGCGGGACCACCAGGGCGUGAACUGGUUUAACUGGAAAGGCUUCGAGUUCUCCAUCCCCUUCACCGAGAUGAAGCUGCGGCCGCGGCGGGGCUGAUGCGGACGGACGGAUAGACAGACGCGAGAGGGAGAGAGAGCAAGCGAGACCGCAGCACUGCCGGGCGCCACCAGGGAGAGCCGGGGCGUCAUGAGGAGACCCCCCCCCACAGGGCCCUUCCACCCACCCCUCCCCCCAUGACACCCCCCUUCCUCCCAGAGCCCCCAAUACUUAAUUCCCUCCCCACCCCCCAGCUCACCUAGCCCCUCCCACACACCCCUGGGGGGUCCCUGCUCCCCACAGUGCAGCAGGCCCAGGCUGAAGGGGGCACCCCAGUCCAGCCUGGGGGGGGGCAGAUGGAACCCAGGAGUCCUGACCCCCAGCUCCUCUGGGGCUCCCCUGUCACCUCCCUGAGCGGAGGGCCUGUGGGGAGGCAGGGGAGCGAGCGGUGACCCCAUCCCCGGUGGAGCGACGGAGACGGAUGGACCCAAAGCACCUUUAUUCUGAUUGAAACAGCCUGGACGGGCGAGGACGCUGGGGGGCAGAGUUAAGGGGGUUUGCGGGGAAAUCUGGGGAGGGCAGA